GCGAGCUAACUGGUCUCUACAACAACCGCCAUUUUGUACCUUUUGCAUUUGACAUCGCCAUAACAACGGCCUGCUUGAGUGUGCAUCUGUGGCCGCGUCGUCAUGGCAGGCACACUUCAGUAUCACUUGCACAAACUACCCCACUUAAGAAACGACUGAUUAUCAGCACGACGGCUAGCUUGCAGGCUAACCUCAGCGAAGCACUUGGCUGUUAUGGCUACUGACACAACAAGUACUAUGUGGAAAGCUGUGGUACUGGCUGUGUGUCUGCUGGUUGCUGGGGUUCAGCCCAUGGACAACCCAACAUAUGGGGUGAAGCUAUGUGGCCGUGAGUUUAUCCGGGCAGUCAUCUUCACAUGUGGAGGCUCACGAUGGAGACGGUCAGUCAGGAGUGCAGAUGUUUCCGAGGACCUAUUCAGCUCCCGCCAGGAGGAGUCCUCAGAGGGCUUGAUUCACAACUCCGUUGUGGAGAGUUUCCUCCAAAGAAACAUAGAGCCAAGCUUCACACCCAGAGACAACCCGGAGGGAGUGUUCAGCAGGCCGGCCCGUUCUUUCAUCACAGAGGAGAUCCUGGAAGCCCUUCGCAAGGCUGACCGCAAGGGCCGGGAUGUGGUGGUGGGCCUUUCCAACGCCUGCUGCAAGUGGGGCUGCAGCAAGAGUGAGAUCAGCUCCCUUUGCUAAGAGUUGACCUUUGCCAUCUGAGUGAAUACACACACACACACACACACACACACACACACACUGUAUACAUAACUACACAAAC